UCCGCGGGGAUUUUAUCCAAUUACUGAUCCGGCACAACGGAUAAGGUCCCGAACACUAGCAGCCGCCGUCGUCAAGUCUCCGCCACCACACAACCCAAGCAAAGCCAAAGCGAAGUGCCCGUCAGCGACCGCGAAUGGCCGCCGCCCUCUUCUCCCCUUCCGCCGUCUUGUCAACCGCCGCCGCCGCCGUCGCCUCUGCUCCUCUUCCCCCCAAACCUCACCUCGUCAGACUCAGAUCGUACCAUCCCAAGCCCCUCUCCACUACCCUCGCAGCCGCCGCCGCCGCCGCUGCCCUACUUCUAUCCGCCGCCACCCCACCUCCCUCCUUCGCCGAUCCCACAUUCAGCCUCUACUACGGCACCGCCGCCAGCGCCUCCAACUACGGCGGCUACGGCGGCAACGCGGACAAGAAGGCCACGGCGGAGUACACGUACGAGGUGCCGGAGGGGUGGAAGGAGCGACUGGUGUCCAAGGUGGAGAAGGGCACCAACGGCACCGACAGUGAGUUCUACAACCCCAAGAAGCGCUCCGAGCGCGAGUACCUCACCUUCCUCUCUGGAUUCCGCUCGCUCGCCCCCGUCGACGCCGUCCUCUCCAACCUGGCCCUCUCCGACGUGGACCUGCAGGACCAGUUAGCCACCGCCGACGAGGUGCGGUCCCAGGAGCUCAAGGACGACAAGGGGCAGCUGUAUUAUGCGUACGAGAUCGACGGCACCGGCGCCCACAGCCUGAUCUCCGUCACCUGCGCCCGCAACAAGCUCUACGCCCACUUCGUCACUGCGCCUAACCUGAAUUGGUCCCGCGACCAGGACAUGCUCCGACGACUCCACGACUCCUUCAAGACAGUCGACCUCUCCACAACCUCUUCUUCUUCUUCUUCAUCGUAGACUCUUCCUCUUGCCUUGCCCAGGUAUUUAAUUGGAUGCCCAAUUACUUUCUUCACUUCAGAGGUGUACUCAACAAAGCAAUGGCAUGCUUUUGUACCAUCCAUCUUGGUUUCCGUAAUGAAUUCACAAUAUAUAUCAUGAGGGGAACUGGGGAAUCA